AUGCUUAAUCGUCUUAGAACAAAUCUUUCAUCAUCGGUGGUAACGAAAAACGAUUCGAUUCAAUUGGUUGUAGAUCAGGAAACGAUGGUAUCAAACGAAAAGUUUACAAUUAAACGAACUGAAACAUGUCAUCGUGGUAUUUUGAUUUAUAUUGGAAUUUCAUUGAAAAUUCAUUGUCUUUGUCCUCCGAGUUAUUAUGGAGAUCGAUGUCAAUAUCAAAGUCAACGCGUUAGUUUGACACUUCAAUUUAGUCGAAAAUGCGCGCCAGUUUGUUAUGGAGUAUUUGGCAUUGUUAUUAGCCUUAUUGAUCAAGAUAAUGUCAUUCACGCAUAUGAACAGUUAACAUACGCAUCAACAUAUGAAUGUGACAAGAAAUAUUUCACUUAUUUACUAUAUCAAUCACGAUCAAAAAAUAUAACAAAAAAAUAUAAGGUAAAAAUCGAUGCGUAUAACAAAAUCAAUUUAACUUAUCAUGCAAGCUGGAUUUUACCAGUUCAAUUUCUUUUUCUUCCUGUAAAUCGAAUAGCUGCACAUUUUAUUAUUCCAGCUCAUCCAAUUAAUUCAUUGGAAAUCUGUUCUGCUUUCUGUGGUUAUGGUCGAUGUUACGCAUAUGUCAAUAGUCCGAAUGAAUAUUUUUGUUUCUGUAAUUCUGGUUGGUCAGGCAUCAAUUGUACAAUUUCAGAUAAAUGUAAUUGUUCAGCAGAUGCGAAAUGUCUCGGAAAAAGUAAUAAUCAAUUUAUGUGUCUUUGUCCAGUGGAAAAAUAUGGUUCACAUUGUCGUCUUCAAUCGAUUUGUCAAAAUCAAACUUGCAAGAAUGGUGGACAAUGCAUAUCAGAAAAUGAACGAGUAUCAAGAAAUAGUUUUAUAUGUCUAUGUCCAAUUGGAUUUUCAGGUCCAACAUGUGAAACAAUUCAAACAAAAGUUCAUAUAUCAUUUAUUGAUAUGGAAAUUCCUCGUUCUUUGCUUGUUCAUUUUAUUACUGUGCAAAUAGAACAUGAUCCAAUACGUACAACAAUUAAUGUCANUAUUUCUCCUAUAACAAAGAAGCUCAUAUGUUUACCGUAUCAUCGAGCCGGAAAUGGAAUUGUAGAUUGUCUUGGAUCUACUGAUGAGAGAGAAUAUUGUCGACUGCAAAACCCGGAGCGUCUUCGGAUAAGAUAUAAAUGUUGGAAUGACACUCUUUGUAUUUCGUUCGUUGAACUUUGUUUAAGCGAGGUAGAAGAAUGUCUUAUGGAAGAAAAAUUAGAAUGUUCAUCGGAUAUGACACGUGUCUUGGGUCGUCUAAACGAAGAUGCGAGACUGAAGUUUCCUGCAUAUAAAUAUUUUAUGCUUAAUCGUCUUAGAACAAAUCUUUCAUCAUCGAUGGUAACGAAAAACGAUUCGAUUCAAUUGACUGUAGAUCAAGAAAAUAUGGUAUCAAAUAAAAAGUUUACAAUUAAACGAACUGAAACAUGUCAUCGCGGUAUUUUGAUUUAUAUUGGAAUUUCGUUGAAAAUUCAUUGUCUUUGUCCUCCGAGUUAUUUUGGAGAUCGAUGUCAAUAUCAAAGUCAACGCGUUAGUUUGACACUUCAAUUUACUCGAAAAUGCGCGCCAGUUUGUUAUGGAGUAUUUGGCAUUAUUAUUAGUCUUAUUGAUCAAGAUAAUAUCAUUCAUGCAUAUGAACAAUUAAUAUACUUAUCAACAUAUGAAUGUGACAAGAAAUUUUUCACUUAUUUACUCUAUCAAUCGCGACCAAAAAAUAUAACAAAAAAGUAUAAGGUAAAAAUCGACGCGUAUAACAAAACGAGUUUAAUUUAUUAUGCAAGUUGGAUUUUACCAGUUCAAUUUCUUUUUCUUCCUGUAAAUCGAAUAGCUGCACAUUUAAAUAUUCCAUCUCAUCCAAUUAAUUCAUUGGAAACCUGUUCUGUUUUCUGUGGUUAUGGUCGAUGUUACGCAUAUGUCAAUAGUCCGAAUGAAUAUUUUUGUGUCUGUAAUUCUGGUUGGUCAGGUAUAAAUUGUACAAUUUCACAUAAAUGUGAUUGUUCAGAAGAUGCGAAAUGUCUCGGCAAAAAUAAUAACCAAUCAAUAUGUCUUUGUCCAGUGGAAAAAUAUGGUUCACAUUGUCGUCUUCAAUCGAUUUGUCAAAAUCGAACUUGCAAGAAUGGUGGACAAUGCAUAUCAGAAAAUGAACGAGUAUCAAGAAAUAGUUUUAUAUGUCUAUGUCCAAUUGGAUUUUCAGGUCCAACAUGUGAAACAAUUCAAACAAAAGUUCAGAUAUCAUUUAUUGAUAUGGAAAUUCCUCGUUCUUUGCUUGUUCAUUUUAUUACUGUGCAAAUAGAACAUGAUCCAAUACGUACAACAAUUAAUGUCAAAAUUCCAUUUGAUCAAAAUAAAGCCAUAGUUCAAAUAUCAAUAUCUUUUCAUAUUAUUAUUGUUCAAAUUUCCAAAGAAUAUUUUUUGACAUAUGUCAAUGCAAACAAUACUCCCCCAUCAGUUAGUAUAGUUCAGAUGAAGAUGGAACAACGAUGUUCACAUGUUCUACAGUUAUUUAAUAAUGAAACAGUUGCAAAAUAUUCAUUAUUACGUCGUGUUAAAUAUUAUCAUUUACUCUGUAGAGACAAACAGCAAUUUAAAUGUUUUUAUGAUGAAGAAGCAUUCAUGUGUUUAUGCAAUGAAGAAGGAUAUGCAAAUUGUUUUCCAUUUGAUUUCAAUAUAAAAUAUACCUGUAAAAGAUUUGGAGAUUGUCAAAAUGAUGCCCAAUGUUUUUCAGAUCGUCCAAAUUGUCCACUUUCGACGUUCUGUGUUUGUGCAGAUUGUUUUUAUGGAAGUAAAUGUCAAUUUACUACAAAAGGAUUUGGUCUUUCUCUCGAUGCUAUUCUUGGGUAUCAAAUUCGACCACACUUAUCGAUAAAUCAUCAACCAAAUAUUGUAAAAAUUACCAUUGUUUUAACUAUUAUUAUUUUAGUUAUUGGUCUUGUCAAUAGUAUUUUAUCCAUAUUAACAUUUCGAAGAAAAAUUAAAGAUGAAUCAGGUUGUAGACUUUAUCUUUUAGCUACAUCAAUCGUUUCAUUAUUUUCAACAUUUAUAUUUUCAAUUAAGCUCUUGAUGCUAAUUCUUUCACAAAUGUCAAUUAUUACAAACAUCAUUAUUCUACGUAUUUCAUGCAUUUCAAUUGAUUUUCUACUUCGAUUAAUACCAAUUAUUAUAGAUUGGUUGAAUGCAAGCAUAGCUAUUGAUAGAACACUUGCGCUAGUAAUGAGUACCAAAUAUGAUAAGAGUAAAAGUAGACGAGCAGUCAAAUGGACUAUUAUUAGUAUUUUGUUAUUCUCCACGAGUAGCCUUUUACAUGAUCCAAUAAAUCGACAACUUAUUGAGGAUCGAGAAGAAGCUCGAACAUGGUGUUUAAUUCAAUAUUCACCUGCACUUCAAAUAUAUAAUUCAACAAUAAAUAUAUUUCAUUUUUUCGUUCCCUUUAUUAUAAAUCUUGUUACUGCUCUUAUUAUAAUAUUUGUGGCUGCUCGAAGUCGUGCUACAGCUCAACGACAACAAACUUAUAAACAACAUUUAAAAGAACAAUUUCAUCGGCAUAAUCAUCUAAUUCUUAGCUCUAUAAUCUUAGUUAUACUUGCUACGCCGCGUCUAAUCAUUUCAUUCAUAUCCGGUUGUAUGAAAUCGGUUCGAAAUUCAGCUUUUUAUCUAGUUGGAUAUUUCAUAUCAUUUAUUCCGCCAUGCAUUACAUUCAUCGUAUUUGUUCUACCUUCCAAAUUGUAUAAAAACGAAUUCUAUGCUGCAACUAGAAGAUUUCGAACCUUUAUUGGAAGACAGUAA